UCCCGCCAGUGACGUCAUAUCCAGGACAUCCGCAGGAGUGGUUCCCAAAACACGCAAUUUGAGGGAACUGUGACUUAAUUAAAUCCUUAUACACCCCGGGACGUUGCUUGCCAGGCGCCUGAGAACCCCGGGGACCCGUUGAAGGCGCUGAAGAGGCAGUGCCAGUUUAAGCAUCACACACUUCUACCGUCACUGCCACAAUGUUUGGACAGUCGCGGCCCACGUUUGGCGCCACCAAUACCACAUUCGGAGUGAGUUUCGGCACACCAAGCACCACCACCAGCACCACCGGGUUUGGCGGCGGCACCUCCUUUGGUAGAUUCGGUGCCCCACAGCAGCAGACCACCAGCUUCGGCACUGGCACAGCGCCCUUUGGUGCCUCCACGUCCUCCUCCACAUCCCUGUUUGGUACCCAGCCCCAACAGAGCACAGGGGGGCUAUUCGGCCAGCCUCAGACACAGACCUCCACAGGCUUUACCACUGGCUUCGGGUCUACAAGUGGUGGUGGACUCUUUGGCCAGACGCAGCAGACAGGGACAGGUCUGUUUGGGGCCACCGGUAGCACUGGGUUUGGGGCACAGCAGUCCACACAGAACCGUCCCUUUGGGUUCGGCCAGACCACCACCAGCACCACCACCACUGGGGGCUUGUUUGGCACCACGCCCUCCACUGGUGGCGGCCUCUUUGGCACCUCCACAGGCUUCGGCGCAACAGGUGGGGCAGCAGUGAGUGGUACGACAGUCAAGUAUGAACCAGUGACAGGCAGCGACACCAUGACCCGCAAUGGGGUGUCCACCAACAUCAGGACCCGGAUUGAGGUCAUCACUGCCAUGAAGGAGUAUGAGAACAAGUCAAUGGAGGAGCUGAGAGUGGAGGAUUACCUGGCCAAUCGCAAGGGUCCAGGACAGGCCGGGGCGCUGGGGGGCUUCGGCCAGACCCAGCCCCAGGCCACACCAUCCUCCGGGGGCCUCUUCAGCACUGGCACCGGCACCUCCCUCUUCGGCACCAAACCCCCAGAAAAUAAAUCACUCUUUGGCACCACAGCCUCCACCACAGGCUUUGGUGCUACCAGCGGAGGCAGCCUGUUCGGAACCACCAAUGUAGCAGCACCGUUUGGCCAGCCCAGCACCACCACCAGCACGGGCUUCUCCUUUGGUCAGACACAGCAGCAACAACCCAAAGCAACUGGGUUCAACUUCAGCAGCGCAGCAACCCCCACGUCCUCCCUGUUUGGCACCACAACACAGCAGCCGCAGCAGCCCUCCUUUGGCAUGCAGGGCUUCCAGCUGGGCCAGAAUGCACAGCAGCAGAACACAGGCAGUCUCUUCGGCACACAGAACAAGCCAGGAUCCGUGUUUUUACCGACACCAAACACAGGCAGUGGGCUUUUUGGCAACAAGCCCACCACCAUGUCACAGUCCCUCGGCACAGGGUUUGGCACCACCUCCACCGGUGUGGGCUUUGGCAACACCUCCAGCGCAUCUACGGGUGGCAGCCUCUUUGGAAACCAGGCGCAGAACAAAGGCCCAGGGUUCUUCUCUAGCUCAGCCUUCAACACAGGCAACACAUCAUUCAGCAGCACGGGUCCCUUUGGGCCGAACAGCAAUCAGCAGAAGCCCGGGAGCAACCAGCCUUGCUUUGGUUCCCCCAUGAUGGGAACUGGCUUUGGCACCAACCCCAGCACCUUCGGUAGUUCCCUGGCCUCCAGCGCCAUGGGCACCGCCAGCACAGGGUUUGGCACAGCACAACAGAACAUGCUGGGCGGUGGAGGGGCUGGCUCGGGUUUCUUCCUUGACCUGGGCAAGUUGGUGAAGGCCAUAACAGAGAAGCCCAUCUUUGACCUGCCUGUUGAGGGCAAGUCCGGAGCAGAUAAGGCAGGCAGCCCAUCCACCAGCGACCAGGUGUCCUCCAAGCUGAAGCCCACUUACAUGUUGCCCCCAUCACUCGUCAACCUGAAGCCCAAGCCUAUUAACAAGCCCAACAACCAGAACAACAACCGGCACUGGCUCUUCAAGGGGCUGGAGGACCCUAACGAGGAGAGUGCCGAGGACUUCCUGAAGCCCAAGAAAUACCCCAGCGUGCGCACUCUCAACCUCAAGGUGUUCCGAGGGGCAAAGGCUGACGGCACCACCCCCACCACGCCCAUUGAUACCCCCAGGAGGGUCAAUGGGGAGGUGGAUGGCACCAUUAACGGUGGUGAGGAGGGUGGGGACAGGCCCUCGCCACUCACCACUCCCCUCAGCACCCUUGGGAACUCCACACCUCUGCCUCUUGUGAUCAGUAAUAAUAAUGGGCCCGUUCAGACACAUGAUCAGUCGCCCACCCCAGAUAUCAUCAAGGGACGAGGUAACAUCAAGCACCUCAGCCUGCCAGACAAGACGAGCCAGCACAUGGACGACACAUUGGCAGACCUCAACGUGCGUGCUUGCAGACUGAAGGAUCCGCACCACCUUGACCCGGACUCCGAGGCCAACAAGGAAAACAACAGCAACAACAUAUCUCUCUUCAAUGCCUCGGGUGACGAAGACCUGCCCGACGUCGUGUCCACCACGUCUGAGGAGCCUCACCCUGCUGGAAUCAAGUUGCAACGCCCUGGCUACUACACACUGCCCCCAGUGGAAGAACUGGCCCAAAUGGUGGAGACAGAAGGGGACACAAAGCGGUGCCCUGUCACAAACUUCACGGUGGGACGUUAUGGUUACGGCAACGUCUGCUUCCUGGGUGUGACGGACGUGGCAGGGCUGGACCUGGACGCUGUGGUGUUCAUUGUGCGGAAGCAGGUGGAGGUGUACCCGCCCGGCACCACCAAGCCACCCCGGGGACAGCAGCUCAACCGGGCUGCUAUUGUAACACUGGACUGCGUUUGGCCGGUGGACAAAGCGACCCGUGAGGUGAUCAAGAGCUCGGAGCGGCUGCAGGCAAUGGGCUGGACAGAGUACCUGGAGCGUCAGUGUGUCAAGAUGGAUGCCUCCUUCCUCGAGUACAGGCUGGAGACCGGGUCCUGGGUGUUCAAGGUGAAUCACUUUUCAAAAUAUGGCCUGCAAGACGACAACGAGGAAGAGGAGAUGGUGGCCAUCCCCCCCAAGCAGCAGCAGCAACCCCCCUCAGAUGCCCUGAUGCCCCCACAGACCACCACCACCACCACUUCCUCCUCAUUGGUGCCCCAUGCUCUGCCCCACAAGAAUGCUGGUCCCCCUGCCGUCGCCCUCACCUCCCCCCCUCAGUUCUCCCUGAGUCACACCACCACCACCACCACCACCCCAGCCCUCUCACAAGCUCAGCCACCACAGACCAGGUUCCUAGAGUCAGCCCUGCAGGACUCCCAAGUGGCUGAGGAUGACCUGCUGAAUUCUGUGGGAAGGGAACCUGAGGAGAGUGCCUCCUUGAGCAUCCUGUCCCCAAGUGCCGAGCGCCUGACGGUAGUGUCACGUGUGGUGCCAAGGACAGUGCAACUAGCCAAGAUGCAGAUGUUUGGCGGCCAAGAUGAGGAGGAGGAGGAGGAGCAGGAGAGCAUGGUGAUAGGGAGGGAAGUGCAGCCCUAUAUUACGACAACGAGAGAGAGCACACCCACACCUCAGUAUCCAAAAGCAUUGAACAAGAGGCGGAUGCUCUCGGGCGAUGUGAGUGUCAGACGAGUGUCCAGCCCUUCCCAGAGUGAGGCCAAGUCAAGGGUGGGUGCACAGCCACCCCUCAGGCCCCUCUCACCCAAGACUGUUGCAACUCGUGAGGAGCCCAAACUGCAUGAACCCCACACCGAGUACCAGCUGCUGCCAAGUGGCCGAGACGAGGGUCAGGAGCUGGGCCAUGUGCCACCCCAACACAAGGCCACACAAAUCCCUCUGGCCAACUCACUCCUACACGGCAUCCAGAACUGCGUGGCCGACAUGGGAGCCUUCAUGGGGCGCUCCUUCAGGGUGGGAUGGGGGCCUGGCUGGACGCUGGCACACACUGGUCCCAUGCUGGCCCCGGACCAAGACUUCGGCACUGAAGGGGAGCAGGAGAGUGUGCCCCUCCAGCCCUCGCCCCCUCCAUCCUUCCUCUUCGUGGGGUCCCUGGCCAGUCAGCCCAAGGUGGCCAAGGGAGUGGAAGGCCCAGGGUACAAGAUGUUGAUAGAACAGCUACACACCAUUCAGCCAGACCGCGGUACCAUUUUGGUCCUGGUAGAGGAGUGCCUGGCCUGCAUCCUUGAACACAGUGUCGUAGAGGGCACUGCGGAGAUGGAGGACCUCUCAGAUCCCACCUCCUGCCCCUCCUUCAGGCCCCUCAAGGAUGUGGAACUCCUGCACCAACUGGCAGAAACUGCCGCCCUACACUCCUACCAGGAACCCGCCCUGGAGGAGAUCCUGACCCUGUGUGUGGCUCUCUGGGGGCGCCUUGACUUCUACUCCCCUGAAACUGAUGGAGAGAGUGAGUACAGCAUGUCCCGGGCACGAGUGGAGGCAGUGAGUCAGUGGCUGGAGUCAGUGAGUCAGGAGGCGGUGGUGCGGGAGGUGACAGGAUCACUGGGACCAGAGGGCGGGGAGGAGGGAUACCUGGAUGCCAUCCUUGCCCACCUCUCUGCGAGACAGGUGUCCCAGGCUUGUGUUUUGGCACAGGACAGAGGAGACCACCAUCUGGCACUGCUGCUGGCCCAGGCAUGCAUGGGGCAGAGCGCACCCCGGCAGAUCAUGGCGGAGCAGCUGGCCAACUGGGCAGAGGGAGGCACGGACGCCCUCAUGUCCCCUACCCGCCUCACCCUCUUCACCCUGCUGGCGGGGGCAGCCACCCACCAGGCCACCCACAUGGCCCUCAACACAUGCACCAGCCUGGACUGGCGCCGUGCCCUGGCCCUGCAUCUGUGGUAUGUUUGCCCAGCCACUGCCACACUAGCAGAAGCCUUGGAGGAGUAUGACAAGGCAGCUGGUCUGGGCAAGAACUCCACAGGGUACUGCAACCCUCCCCUGCCACCGUACCUUGCUUCUCAUGCCCUGAGGAGUAAUAUGAGAGUGAGCUACGACAUGUGUUACCACCUUCUGAAACUGUUCACCAACCCUCGUCACCCCUUAGAGGCUCUGCUAAACCCUGCCACAGCGACCCCUGACCCCCUCAAUGUCGCCAUCAGCUGGCUAAUGUGGCAGGUCCUGCAGAGCCUGAGCUACCGCCACCUAUCGGACUACCACAACGCUAGCCUGCACCUCAACAUGGCGUCGCUGCUGGAGGCGGCAGGGCACUGGCACUGGGCUGUGUUUGCUCUGCUACACCUCACUGACCAUGACAGAAGAAAACGAGAGGUGCGGGAGUUACUGCUGCGCCACGUGAGGGUGAAGGAGGAUGAGGUAACAGAGGAGGAGUACGCCAGACAGGAGGCCUUCGUACAGGAGAGGCUGAGGCUGCCGAGGAAGUGGAUACACGAAGCUAAGGCAACGAGGGCACGGACACUUGGCUUGGUGGAUGAGGAGGCCUGGUAUCUCCUGAAGGCGGGUGACCUGAACUCUGCCCACACUCUCAUUGUGGACACCAUCGCACCCAACUCCAUCAUCAACGAGGAUCAUGAGUACCUGCUUGGCUACCUGGACCAAAUCAAGGCUGGAGAGCAGUACAAACAGGUGGCAGGGUGGGCAGCUGGGGGAGGCGUGUACUCAGACUACCUGGAGCUGGAUGCCUUGGUGAGCGACAUGACCACCUCCCAGCACCCCACACCUGCCCUCCUGGAACAGCUGCGACCUCGCCUCCUCACACUGUGCUCUCGUCUCAAUAAUCUGCAAUGUCGCACUGCCCUUCACAGGCUGUGUGUGUCAGAGAUGAGCAAGAAGGUGGUGGGUGUCCUGCGUGCUGUGGUGGGUGAGGGCACAGACGCCACACAGGUCCUCUCCCAGCAGCUCUCCAGCCUCCCUCUCACACAUGACUAUGCCCUUGCUGAACUCAACCUCAUCACCAAUCACUACCUCACACACCUGGCUGCUGACACCUGAGCAUGCCAGACAGGUGAGGCCACUCCUACACCUGCAUCACACCUGUUCCCUGUCCAUCUCUCAUCCAUCAUCACAUCCCGGUGGUCUAGCCCAAUGGAUGGAGUUAGUGGUGAUGAGUGUGGGCCAAAUCUCGUUUUUUGUGGUAUGACCUUUUUGUUGAUGUGUUAAAGUGACUUGAUCGACAGUGAUAUGAGUGGAGAUGUGACUUGUACUGUAGUGCACUGUGCUCAAAGGUUUACUAAGAUGCUUACUGGAGAAACUGGCUGAAAGAGAAGGGUUGUAAUAGUGUUAGUUUUACCAUUAAGGCUGAAAAAGAGGGAUAACUGUCCUUAAAGGGAUAAAGAGGGAGUUAGUAUCCUGAAGAGAGCUGUGUUGAAAUGUGGCUGUAGUGUUUAGGGAACUGAUCAGUGCAUGGGUUUUUGUUACCAUAGUGCACACAGGAAUAGAAAUUGAUGAAUGUUACUGAUUUGAAUGAAAAAAAAAUGUGUUUUUUAAAUGGAGAAUGAUGGUUAAAAAGUAUUGGAGGUUAUAGAGAAAGAAAACUGAAAAAUGUUGAGUAGAAUGUUGCUGAUGUGGCAGAAGAAAAGAAAAAUAAUUUGAAGUUAAAAGGAAAUGUUUAAAGAGUAUUAUACUUUGAAAAAAGAGCGAAUAAACUGGAAAACGUGAUAAGAAAUGGAACGCUUAAAAGAAAAUUAAAGAAAUGUAACUUGGAAAAAAAUGUGAUGAUAAAAUGCAAUAAAGUUAAAGAAAAUUUCACUCAUGAACCUGAAGAAAGAUAACUUUAAAAAAAAGAGAGAGAGAGAAAAAAAAAAAAUGAUUAGUAGGAGAGGUAAAGUAAAGAUUGUAGUGCCAUAGUGGCUCGUAAAGGUGCUGGUGGCUUGAUGUUGGGGUGCAGUUAUGAGCCUUACUGACAUAGUUUGUAGAAAAUGUAGAAAACGGUGAUUGGCUCGGAGCUGGCAUAGAGAGGGGCUGGAACUAAUACCUGUGUGUGUGUGUGUGUGUGUGUGUGUGUGUGUGUAUGGCAAGGUGAUGUUUUUAAGGUAAUUUCUAGUAUUUCAGUGGGUUUUUUUCUUUUUUAUUGUUUUUGAUGCCAUUUCUUAUUCCUUGUGUGUUGUCUUGUCUCUGGGCAUCAUUUGUAUAGAAAACUGCCAAAACUUUAAUAGAAACUAACAGAAAAUGCUGAAUGAGGUGGAAAUAAGGUACAAAUUCAUAUACAAAUUCACACACACACACACACACACACACACACACACACACACACACACACACACACACACAAAUGCACACUUACUAAUACACUUUCCCAGAUAUAAGAGUACAACACUGGAUUACAUUAGAAGAAAUAGAAGUGAUGUGUGCAAAUAAUAUACAUAAAUUUAAAGAAAACUUGUAAUUUGGUUAUGAAAAGUGGGACACAACAAAUCUAACUCCCUGAUGCACACACACACACACACACACACACACACACACACACACACACACACACACACACACACACACACACACACACACACACACACACACACACACACACACACACACACUAUAAAAAAAGCCAAGCAUUCAUCACUGCCAAAUAUAAAUGUAGAAAAUGUCUCAUUAGAUUUAGAUUUGUUAUAAAAAGUUGUAUUGUGGUUCUUUUACUUUUCAAAAUAGUGACAGGAGGAGAUGGAACAGCAGUGAUUGGGUGAUUGUGAAUAGUUAUGAUAUUUGUUAGGUGGGAUUGGAUAGAAGGAGGCUGAUUAGAUGGUUAUAAAUUGUUAGGAGAUUAACUGUAGAUUUAAUUGAGGUGUUUUAAGAGUUGGAGUUAUGUUGAUAGUUGUAGGAGGUGGAGGGGAAGAGUGUGCAUGUGUGUGUGUGUGUGUGUGUGUGUGUGUGUGUGUGUGUGUGUGUUUUUUGUGUUUGAAAUACUGAGAAAAGUAGAGCACAUAACAAUUAUGAUAAACUGAACUGGAAAAAAAUAUUGUAGAGGUAAAUAAAGUAAAAAGUAAUGAAAAGUAAACAGCUUUGAACUGACAAAAAGUAAAAUCAGUUAUCUGCCGAGAAAGGAAAAUAGAUUAAUGAGUAAGAAAUUUGUUUAUUGAAAAAAGCUGAAGUGGGAAAUUAAAGCAGGAAAUAAAAUGGGAAGAAAGUCAUGAAGGGGAAAAGCUGAUUCAUGAAAGACAGGAAAACAAGAAAGAAAAUAAAGAUGAGAUGGAGAAAAGAAAAUGAAAAAAACAUGUGACAAAUAUGAGGACUUGAUGAAGAAGUUAAUAAAAGUAAUUGUGAUAAUAAUGAUGAUCAAAGUUAGAUAAACGUGGUAAAUUGAUAAUUUGUUUAUGAGAAGUUUUAUAUUUUUGAAAAUAUAAAAGAAAGAUGAAUACAUGUUGUUUAUUUUAUCUUAUUUUAUUUAUUUUUAUUUUUUCGCAAGGUUGUAAAGUUUUCUAAUAUUAUGUGAUUAGUUUUAUUAUUAUUAUUAUUAUUAUUAUUAUUAUUAUUAUUAUUAUUAUUAUUAUUAUUAUUAUUAUUAUUAUUUUGAGAGUGUUUGUUCCCCAGUAAUUUGUGAUGAUUAUAUGUUUUGUGUGUGUAAACUAUUUCUUUGCUGUCAGAAACUUGUGUUUUUGAAUAUAUAAAUCUUAUGUUUUCCUUUAAUAUGUGUGUGUGUGUGUGUGUGUGUGUAAGAGAGAGAAAGAGAGAGUGAGAGAAAGAACAUAAAUGAAAAUGGGAAUCAGUGAAAAACAUAAUGUAAACAAAAAUGACAUUUAAAGAUGACUUAUUUUUUACUGAGAAGCAGAAAUGGAACAAAGUCUGGUGUGUGUGUGUACAUAAGCUUCAGGCCCCACUGUGGCUCAAGGAUGCUCAGUGGCUCUUGGCUUCCUGCUCUUUACUUUACUCCUCGUUUUUUAAUAAUAAAUGGAUGAUUUCAUUGUUA